AUGAUACCAGGGCGCGUCCAUGCCGGAAGUCAGGAUCACCUCACCUCGGAUUUAACGACUGGAUCGAGUCGCGCCCGGGUGAAACGCAGCUCGACGAUGUUGGAUUAUGUCAACAUGAGCAAGCCAACUCUGACAUUUCCGCUUCACGGACGCAUCAUACCGCUGUACAAUGCAGCCAAUUCAGACCACACCUUUUAUUUUAUGCCUGUGGGAGCGCUGAAGCCAGACACAGUCCAAACACUGUUGGACGUAGUCAACGGUCAACAUGUGGUGACCUUUACGAUACAGCUAUGGGACAAUGUUUACCUGGACAAAGCCGCUUCACUUUUGACCGAACAAAAACAUCCCAUUCUCCUUCCCAUGCCGUUUUCCUUCUUUCGCCUAAUCUCUACUUAUGAAUUUCAAGGAUCUCGCGUGGAUGACAACUGGGCACCGCUUGCCAAUACUCUGGCAUCUGUGACGGGGAGAAUUCCUUGUCAAAACACUGCGCAUUGCACCAUUAUCGCCACUGCAGUCAAAGAUCAGAGUGACCAGUUCACAUCGACACUGAUGAUGUCAUUUAGCUUCACGCUACCGAAAGCCCGCAACACCGUAGCUGAUGUUGUUCCACGUUAUUUAUUCUGCUCAUCCACGUUCAACACUAUUGAAAAUCGCUUCGGCAAUAGCGGCCAUGUAUACCUCCAUCCACGGGACGUGGAUGAGAUAGCGCGAGAUAUCUUGAUGUGCGUUACAAGCAAGGAACUGGAUGGUGGAGAAUACAUCGAGCACAAAGUCAUGGAGGAUUUAGUGCAGCACAUGGCUAGCUUCUUGGUACACAACAAAAUAUCGUCGGAUGACUAUAACGAGACCAUGUGGAAUAGCACAUACUGGGCCGACGAAAGAUACCGACAAGAUAAUCUAGCUAAAGCGAUGGGUAUAAUGGCCGGUAGCCAAAAAAACUGCCGCUGCGCAUCGGUACCGCACUGAGCAACUAUAUGACAACAGUCAGUAUGCA